CACUUGGUGACUAGUAUCGCAACCGACCAGAUAGCGGUAGGACAUACACGUGUAAUCAGUCGCCCAUAUUUCGUCAUGAGAGAAAUAGUCCAUCUUCAGGCGGGUCAGUGUGGUAACCAGAUUGGCGCCAAGUUCUGGGAAGUAAUUUCUGAUGAACACGGAAUUGACCCCACUGGUACAUACCACGGAGAUUCCGACCUUCAGUUGGAGAGGAUCAAUGUGUACUACAAUGAAGCCACAGGCGGCAAGUAUGUUCCCAGGGCUGUCUUGGUUGACUUGGAGCCCGGAACCAUGGAUUCUGUCAGAUCUGGUCCUUUCGGACAAAUCUUCAGACCCGACAACUUUGUGUUCGGACAGAGUGGUGCUGGAAACAACUGGGCUAAGGGACAUUACACAGAAGGUGCUGAGCUUGUAGACUCUGUUCUUGAUGUUGUUCGUAAAGAAUCAGAAAGUUGUGAUUGUCUUCAGGGAUUCCAACUUACACAUUCUCUUGGUGGUGGUACGGGCUCCGGAAUGGGAACGCUCCUCAUCUCCAAAAUCCGUGAAGAAUACCCCGACAGGAUCAUGAACACAUUUUCAGUUGUACCAUCACCAAAGGUAUCAGACACUGUGGUCGAGCCAUACAACGCCACCCUCUCCGUCCACCAGCUUGUUGAGAACACCGACGAGACCUACUGUAUCGAUAACGAGGCUCUCUAUGACAUCUGCUUCCGUACCCUCAAGCUUACCACACCCACAUACGGUGACUUAAACCAUCUCGUCUCCGCCACCAUGUCCGGAGUCACCACCUGUCUCCGAUUCCCUGGUCAAUUGAACGCCGAUCUCCGUAAAUUGGCUGUCAACAUGGUCCCGUUCCCCCGUCUCCAUUUCUUCAUGCCUGGGUUCGCUCCACUCACAUCUCGUGGUAGCCAGCAGUACAGGGCUCUUACCGUCCCAGAGCUGACCCAACAGAUGUUCGACGCCAAGAACAUGAUGGCUGCGUGUGAUCCUCGUCACGGGCGUUAUCUGACGGUUGCAGUUGUGUUCCGUGGUCGUAUGUCUAUGAAAGAAGUUGAUGAGCAGCUCCUAAACGUUCAGAACAAGAACAGCAGCUACUUUGUGGAGUGGAUCCCAAACAAUACAAAGAUCGCCGUUUGUGACAUUCCACCACGCGGUCUCAAGAUGUCCGGUACUUUCAUUGGUAACAGCACCGCCAUUCAGGAGCUUUUCAAACGCGUAUCUGAGCAGUUCACCGCUAUGUUCCGUCGUAAGGCUUUCUUACAUUGGUACACUGGUGAGGGUAUGGACGAGAUGGAGUUCACAGAGGCCGAGUCUAACAUGAACGACUUGGUGUCCGAGUACCAACAGUACCAGGAUGCCACUGCUGACGAAGAAGGGGAAUUCGAUGAUGAGGAACAAGACGAUGAAACAUAAACCCAAGCACCGAGUUAAACAUAAAAAGCAUUAAUGAACUUUUACCGAAACGACAAUGCCAAAGGUUCCUGUCGUGAUUUUGACUUUCAUGACAGAAUAACUUACGGCAAGUUAAUGUUGGGAUUUUAAGCUUUGAUUUAGAUCUAUAUUACUAAAAUAAUACAAUUCCUGAGUUACUUGGGAAAUGUACCAAUCAGAAAUUAAUCAAUAUCGUAAUGUAAUUGAAUACACUGUAAAUAAGCAAUAUUUAUGGUGCAUCACUUUGAUUUUAAUCCUUAGUUAAAAAUGGUCAAAGGUGAGACAAAUCUUUUGAUUCGUUUCUAUUGUCAUUUUAUCCCGCCAUGUGGCUUUCAAAUAAUU